GGAGAGGGGGGAGUCGGGGGCAUUGGCUCUGUCUGGACCGAGGAUAGCUUUCCGGUUUCGCUCACUCGAUUUAGUCGGAUCGCUCCGCGGUUACGUUGCGGCAAAACAACGCAGUGUGCGCCUCACCCGUCAGGAUACUUCCACCGUGGGUCGGUUCCGAGGUUAACGGCUUAUCGGUGCUUAAUAACGUGUUGUAAUAAGUGGGGUGACUGGCUCUGCUGGACGAGGAACCACCUCGUUGUUUUCGCCCCGUUUGAAAGCAGCGGGGAAAUGUCCAGCUGAGGAUUUGAAAUCUUGAAGCCCUAGGCCCGCUUGUAAUGAGUGAUCAACGCAUCGACAAUGGCGAAUAAGGUGCAGGUUUUGUAUGACUUCAGUGCUGAGCCCGGAAACAACGAACUGUCCGUCAGAGAAGGCGAAACUGUCACUGUCACAAAUCAGAACAUUGGCGGGGGAUGGAUCGAGGCUCAGAACUCCAGGGGGGAGGUGGGCCUGGUGCCAGAAGACUACCUAGAGUUGAGCAAGCCCUCGCCGCUGACUGGAGCCGGCACCACCACAGCGCCCCCCAGUGUCGGGAAUGUGGCCGCGGCUCCGCCUCCUGACCUCUCCUUCUUCGAUGCCUUUGCCCCGGCGUCAACACCUGCACAAAGCCAGGUCGAUGCUGGGGAGUUAAGUCCCCAGCCGGACACCCCCGACACCCCCUACCUCCCCCACGAGCAGACCAGCAACGGCGGCGGAGACCCCUGGUCCGCGUGGAACACCGACGCCACGGGGGGGGCCUCCAACAACUGGGCGUCCAAGCCGGAGGGCACGCAGACGGGGAGGAGUGCGGCGCCGGACCCCUGGGGGGCGCAGAGUCACCCCCAGGCGUACCAGGGCCCCGACAUCUAUCCAUAUCCUUACCUGAUUGAGACAGGAGCAGAGGAAGACGAGUGGGACGAUGAGUGGGACGACGUCAAAUCAUCGGGUUACGCCGAGUCGGAGUCCGGAGAGGGCGGGGCUUUUCAAAGGGGCGGAGCUCAGGGCACCGCCAUGAAAAUCUCCCUCAACAAAUUCCCUGGAUUCUCCAAGUCAGGGCCGGAGCUUUACCUCCUAGCCAAGCAGCUGGUCAAGGGAUCACAGAAGCUAUCCAUCUAUAUGGGCGAGGUGGGCCCGGUGUGGUCCUACCCGGACAACCAGCUGGACUGUGUGGUGGCCGACCCCAAGAAGGGCUCCAAGAUGUACGGCCUGAAGAGCUACAUCGAGUACCAAGUCACGCCCAACACAACCAACAGGCCCGUCAAUCACCGCUACAAGCACUUUGAUUGGCUGUACGAGAGGCUGCUGGACAAACUCGGCUCAGCCAUCCCCAUCCCCUCCUUGCCGGACAAGCAGGUCACAGGGCGGUUCGAGGAGGAGUUCAUCAAGAUGCGCAUGGAGCGUCUGCAGGGCUGGAUGACCCGGAUGUGCCGGCACCCCGUGGUCUCCAGCAGCGAAGUCUUCCAGCUCUUCCUGACCUACAAGGACGAGAAGGACUGGAAGACGGGGAAGAGAAAAGCGGAGAAGGACGAGACAGUGGGGGUGAUGAUCUUCGCCACCAUAGAGCCCGAGGCCCCUGACCUGGACCCCAUCGAAGUGGAGCAGAAGUGCGACCAGUUCAGCAGGUUUACUAAAGCGAUGGACGACGGGGUGAAGGAGAUCCUCACCGUGGGACAGGAGCACUGGAAGAGAUGCACAGGACCAUUACCUAAAGAGUACCAGAGGAUUGGCAAGGCCUUUCAGAACCUCUCCUCGGUCUUCAACAGCAGCGGAUACCAAGGAGAGGCAACGCUGACAGACGCCAUGACAGCGGCGGGCAAGACCUAUGAGGAGAUCGCCCUGAUGGUGGCGGAGCAGCCGAGGAAAGACCUCCACUUCCUCAUGGAGACCAACAAUGAAUACAAAGGUCUCCUGGGAUGCUUCCCGGACACCCUCGCAGUCCAUAAGGCGGGCAUAGAGAAGGUGAAGGAGGGGGACAAGCUGGUGGCGACCAGUAAGAUCACCCCCCAGGAGAAGGUCACUAUGGCGAAGCGCGUGAGCACCAUGUCGUACACAUUACAAGCCGAGAUGAACCACUUCCAUAGCAACCGUAUCUAUGACUACAACCGUGUCAUGCAGCUCUAUCUUGAGGAACAAGCCAAAUUUUACGAGACGAUUGCCGAGAAGUUGAGGCAAGCGCACGCCCAGUUCACCACCAUGUAGAGAACGGAAGCAUUUGGCCGAGGAUGAAGUCGGCUAAACGCCAAGCGACAUGUCUGUCUCUUUCUCAUUUUUUCUCUCUCUCUCUCUCUCUCUCUUCUGCUCUUUCGCUCCUCCCUCCUUUAGUUUCUAACCCUCUCUUUUGAACCCAGCGUCACAUGCUUUACGUGAAAGCACUUCCACACUACUUUUACCCCCCCGCGCCCGUGGUUCAAAGAAGUGUUGCCGCUGGGAAAUCGAUUUGGAAAGAGGACGUACGCUAUAUAAGCACAGCACUGCCUUAGUAUCUCAGCAUGUCAUUUCCCCUCUGGUCUGUGUUGUCAUUGCUCUGUGUUCUCACUAUCCGCUUAAUCACACUUGAGGGAUUCUACGUUUCCUCAUUUCUAGGAGGCCGCACACUUGAGAAAGAAGGACGGUAUGGAGAACGCGUGCGUGUGUGUUGGGGUUGUGGUACACACUAUUGGCUGUGCCUUACUCCUCCCUUGUACUUCACUUCCUCAUCCACUAACAGGAAGACCCGCCCCUUUUCUUUGAAUGUGCCUUCCCAUGGGAGCUCUGGGACGCUUGGCUGGUUCCCCCCCCCUCCCCCCCAAUGACCUCAACGUUUACUGUUUACUCUGGAAGAGCGGGAGUCCCACGACCUUCAAACAUACUAAUAAUACACUUUCACACCUUGAGAUGAUAAUGCACUUAACUUGAGGGGGUUACUCUGUCAUGCCUUGUUCGUAGAAGCCAAACGUCGGAGGAAACCUGUUGAAUCCCAGUGCCAAACCCAGUGGACAACCCCACUGCUUUUUAAAAUGGCCCUUUUGUGUGAGUGUGUGUGUGAGAGAGUGCGUGUGUGUGUGUGUGUUUUGUUUCUUAUAACCGAAAGCAAUUUGUUUUAAGCAAGCCCCUGAAGGUGUAGGAUGUGAUAUUUUGUUAAAGUUAAAAAAAUAAGACAAGAAUUUGAGCGUGGUGGGGAAGGGAGGGCUGGUUGGAGUUGGGUCUGAGCCAUGAGAUAUUUCUGCUUGCUUUUUUCACUGCUCAGUAUUCAAUCAAUUUCUUAUUUCAUUCUGUCAACACUUUUGUUUUCAUAUCACUUGAAAAAAUGCAAAUAUAUAUAUAUAUAUAAUAUAUAUUCUAUUUGAUCUGUCCUAUGCUUUUCGGGUCAUAUUGGAAUGGCCGUAUUACGUAUAUAUGGACGAGCAAAAAAUCCAGUUAUUGAUUUAUUAAACUGAUUUGUAUUUACUACGA